UGAAUGAGCACCUGCAGUCCUCUCGUGGUGGUGCGCUCGCGCCGCAGGUACUGUAUAAUCGACUCGAUCCGGGCUUUUUAGGUAUGAGGGCGACGGCGACGAACUUCUCCCUCAGCCCGCGAGCUGUCAAUCAGGAUUAACGGUCACUUUAAAAAGUCCCUCGUGGCGGCGGCUGGAGCUGAGAGUCUCGCUCACCCCAGCGCGAGGCGACGCCGUCACUACGGGUGAUCACUCCGCGCGCGCAGAAGAAAGUCUCCAGUUAUUUCUAUAGAAGUUUGUUAUUGCUCGUGGAAUGAGGCGCGUGAACGCGUAAAUAAAUAGAGAAGCGAGAACGCGCGAGCAAAGCGUCCGCACUAAAGCCGCACGAGGGCAAACUGGAAUAAAAGAGAAAAAAAAAGCAAUAUUUUUGAGGGGAAUCAAGAGGUUCGUCAGAAGGGGUGACUGUGAAGGCUUGCACGCGCAUCACCGCACCGCACAGCACCGCACGCACAGCACAGCAGCGCAUAGCACAGCACCGCACGCGGCACUACUGAACCGGACCGGACGGGACCGACAUGGACCUGAGGACGCUGUGCUCCGUGCUGCUUUUGCCUCUUCAGAUCUUAUGCUGCGCCGUCAAAGCGCUCGUGCGCUUCUUCAUCCCGGGCAAACGCAGAGAUCUGUCCGGGGAUGUGGUCCUCAUUACCGGAGGAGGACGCGGCAUCGGUCGGCACCUGGCCCGAGAGUUCGCCAAGUGCGGGGCAAAGAAGCUGAUUCUGUGGGGCCGCACAGAGAAGUGCCUGAAGGACACCUGUGAGGAGAUAACGCUCAUGGGGACGGAGUGCCACUACUUUAUAUGCGACGUGGCCAACAGGGAGGAAGUGUAUAAGCAAGCCAAAGUGGUACGAGAAAAGGUCGGAGACGUCACCAUCCUGGUGAACAAUGCCGCAGUGGUGCAUGGGAAGAGUCUGAUGGACAGCGAUGAUGACGCCCUGCUGAAGUCGCAGCAUAUCAACACGAUGGGGCAGUUCUGGACUACAAAAGCGUUCCUGCCUCGUAUGCUGGAGCUGCAGAUGGGCCACGUCGUCUGCGUCAACUCCAUCCUGUCUCUCUCACCCAUACCUGGCACAAUAGACUACUGCACGUCCAAGGCCUCGUCUCUGGCCUUCAUGGAGAGCCUGACCCUCGGCCUUUUGGAUUGCCCCGGGGUGGGAUGUACCACCGUGCUCCCCUUCCACACCAACACUGAGAUGUUCCAGGGCAUGAGAGUGAGGUUCCCUAAACUCUUCCCACCGUUGAAACCAGAGGUAGUUGCACAGAGAACAGUGGACGCAGUCAGAACCAACACAGCCUUCGUUUAUCUUCCAUGGACCAUGAAUGCACUGGUUAUCCUCAAAAGCAUCUUACCCCAAAGUGCUCUGGAGGAAAUCCACAGGUUCUCUGGAACCUACACGUGCAUGAACACUUUCAAAGGACGGACAUAAGAACCACUACAGAAAGAUUGUAUGUGACCUUAAUUAAAGAUGGAGUGUGUUACACUUCUGUGUGCCGGACGCAGCUGAUCAGAAACAACGGAAAAGUCAUGAAUCGAGGAGUCAGCUGUCCUUGCAGAGUUUUCUAGAGACUUUUAAUGGAGGAGAAAUAAGGAGACAGUAUGGCACAUUGUUGCUCAGUGUUGUUCAGACUGCACCACUGACCUCUGGUCAGCUUUUGCUGGUUUAAAGACUGGAUUUUGAACUGUUCGAUCAGCAAAGAAAAGCAAACAGACUCAUGAAAAGAGCCUUCGAAUUUGUAUUUAACCUUCUCUUAUAAAAAAUGAUCUAUUUUUUAACAAACUAAUGUCACUCAAAAUACAGCAUUUGAAUAAAAAACAGUUUGGAGAUAAAACACAAUUUUGGGGUGUUCUAGGAAAAAUGUCAGAUAUUCCUGAAGGGAUUUGAGCUUCACAUCGUUGCCAGUUUUGGGUGGACAUCUUCUUAAUGAAUGUGACACCAUGGCAGCUUUUUUCCAGCUCAGGAAAUGAGCUCAGAGAGUGUGUGUAUGUGUGUGUGUGUGUGUGAGAGAGAGAGAGAGAGAAAGAGAGAGUGUAGCCCUGUCAAGAGGUAAAUGUUAAAGAUCUCCACAGACAGUGAGCCGUUCUACAAAACCUGAUGGCCUGAUGUUGAUCUGUAGCACGUGGCCUUGUUCAGUGUGCCGAUUUAUUAAAAUAUCACAUGCUAUAACACAUGCUAGGUGAUUCAUAAAGAUUAACUGCAUGAAUUACAUUACAUGCAAAGUACAUCUAGAAAACAAAAUCUAAAUUAGGUUUUGGUGAGUACUAUUUGUUCUUGAUAGUCAUUAUGAGUCAUAACUGCAGAUCCACUCUUUACAUAACACAAAUUAAAGGCUGUGAGAUACAUUAAAAAAAACUACAGAAUACAAUAUCUCUGUUCUGUUCGUAUGUAUGAAUGUAAACCUUUUUACCUUUUCACUGUAUUUUAAUAAUGUUGGUAUUGGAGGUUUGAGUGUAUGGUGAUAUAAUAUAAAUGUAAUAUAAAGCCAACAAUGGCACAUUUUGAUCAUUUUGAGAUGCUGAAGCAUAACCUUGAUACACUUUCUCAUUAUUAAAACCAGUUUCCGCCAGAAUAUUUGUCGUUGUCUGGUG